AUGGCUUCCAAGUUGUCUUCCAAGUUAUUUGCAGUUGUUGCUGGUGCUGGCCCAGGCACAGGCCGAGCUUGUGCUAUCCGUUUCUCGAAGGCCUAUCCCGUCGUACUUUUGACCCGUACAGCCGAGUCAUACAAGGACACUGUAGCAGAGAUUAACAACGCUGGCGGCAAAGCAAUUGAGGCAGUUCCCGAGUCGGAGCACCCGCCUUCCCUACUCAUUACAGGUGCUACAGCCUCUAUCAGGGGUUCGUAUCUGUUCUCGACAAUGGCCGCAAGCAUGUUUGCUCGACGAGCCCUUGGCCAGUCCCUAGCACGUGAGUUCGGACCCAAGGGAGUACACGUAGCGCACGCUAUCGUUGACGGAGUUAUCGACAUUCCUCGGACAAGUCACUAUAGCGUGAAUAAUGGCGCCGAGGAUGGCAAGAUCAGGGCCGACGCGAUCGCCGAGAGCUACUGGAAUUUACACACUCAGCACCGUUCCGCAUUUACACAAGAGAUAGACAUAAGGCCCUAUGUGGAGAAGUUCUAA